AUGCCUCGCAUGGUGUUUCGAAACUUCGAUUUUGCCCGAGCAUUUUCCCAAGAGUGGCAAAUCCCCUCUGCAGCAACCCUAAACGACUAUCUCGAACCCCAUCCUCAACCAGAAGAUCAGGAACGUGCUCGAAAGGGCCUUCUGAUUGGGUGCUAUCAGGGUCCAGUACCCUCGGAUGGCGUCUCGGCGGCACUUGGCGCCAAGUCCGCUCCUCUCGGCAUGCUGCGAGCGGAAGAUGAGCCCUCGACCAAUGUGUGCGAUGCCAGAGCUCACGUUCUCCUGAGUACCAAUCACCACUAG